AUGGUGACUCUGACUGACUUCCAGAGGAUCGGCGUGGGACUGGUUGGCUUUGGCCUCUUCUUCAUCCUUUUUGGGAUCCUCCUGUACUUUGAUUCGGUGCUCCUGGCCUUUGGGAACAUUCUCUUCCUCUCUGGCUUGGUCUUCAUCAUUGGCUUCAAGAGGACCUUCACCUUCUUCUUCCAGCGGUCGAAGAUGAAGGGCAGCAGCUUCUUCUUGGGGGGGGUCAUCAUUGUCCUCAUGAGGUGGCCCCUCCUGGGCAUGCUGCUGGAGGCUUAUGGCUUCAUCAACCUCUUCAGGAGCUUUUUCCCAGUGGCUUUUGGGUUCCUGGGCUCGGUGGCAAACAUCCCUCUGCUGAGCAAGCUCUUGCAGAAGGUGGGAGACAGCAGCUCCAUGGUGUGACCUUGCCUGAUGGGACACGAUCCUGGAGAUGGGAUGGCAGCAGCCAGCCCUGGGGCCAGCUCUCCCGCUGUGACCUGGCACCUCUCUUGGCCCUGGCACGCUUGGCGCUGGCCAGUGCCACCUGCACUGUGGGGGGGACAUGCCUUGCCCUGCCAGGGGGCUCCCACCAGCAGCUCCCCAGCGAGGCUCUGGGGAGUGUUUGCUGUUCCAGAUGGGUUGCUGGAAUGAUUGGAGUUGUUUUAUUCCUCUGCUGAGAGACUGAAUUAAAAAGUGAGUC